GCGCGGCAGGACGCCACUAGCCCAAGUUAACAGCCAGCUAGGCAAAGUACACACAAACCCUCGCCGACUGCUGUUUUACUGACCCGUCAAAGUCUUUGUGUCGGUCAAAAGAGCUUGUCCACCAGCUGAAUGGAAGUACACCAGACUGUUUGUGAAUGAGGGGGUGGUCGGGGUCAGUGAUGCACCAUGGGCUACGACGUGACGAGGUUCCAAGGGGAGGUGGAUGAAGACCUACUGUGUCCAAUAUGUAGCGGUGUUCUAGAAGAACCAGUGCAGGCCCCACACUGUGAGCACGCUUUCUGCAAUGCCUGCAUCACGCAGUGGUUCGCCCAGCAGCAGAUCUGUCCUGUGGACCGCACUGUGGUGACGCUGGCUCACCUGCGGCCCGUGCCACGCAUCAUGCGCAACAUGCUUUCCAAACUGCAGAUCAGCUGUGACAACGCCAGCUUCGGUUGCACGGCUACGCUUCGACUGGACCAGCUGCAGUCGCACCUCAAGGACUGCGAGCACAACCCCAAAAGGCCCGUCAACUGUGAAGAGGGAUGUGGCCUGGAGAUGCCCAAAGACGAGCUGCCCAACCAUAAUUGCAUCAAACACUUGCGAGGUGUCGUCCAGCAGCAGCAGGGCAAAAUUUCAGAUCUGGAGAAAACUGUGGCUGAACAUAAACACCAGCUGGGCGAACAAAAACGAGACAUUCAGAUGCUCAAAGCGUACAUGCGAGCCAUCCGCAGCGCUAACCCCAACCUACAAAAUCUAGAGGAGACCAUUGAGUACAACGAGAUCUUGGAGUGGGUGAACUCCAUGCAGCCUGCCAGGGUGACCCGCUGGGGCGGCAUGAUCUCCACCCCGGACGCCGUGCUGCAGGCAGUCAUCAAGCGCUCGCUCAUCGACAGCGGCUGCCCGCUCUCCAUUGUCAAUGACUUGAUCGAGAACGCCCACGAGCGCAAUUGGCCGCAGGGCCUGGGCUCCCUGGAGACGCGGCAGAUGAACCGUCGUUACUACGAGAACUAUGUGGCCAAGCGCAUCCCGGGCAAGCAGGCGGUGGUGGUGAUGGCCUGCGAGAACCAGCACAUGGGAGAGGACAUGAUCCUUGAGCCCGGCCUGGUCAUGAUCUUUGCACACGGCGUGGAGGAGAUCCUAUAACUGCACUACGAUAUGGCGUUACCGCUGCGACCAAGAAAUCUGGCUUCUUUAAAAAAAAAUACAAAAUUAAAAAAAUGAAUUGAACUGUUGAUACCUAUGCCUUAAAGGAAGGACAAAUGUGUUAUCAACCUGGCAAGUAGAGCCAAUAAUAUGACUGAUAUGGUAUUGGGUUUUGAUGGUUACUUGGUUUAUAUUUAGUGCAUUAUGUAUUCUGAUUGUUCCGAUACUCUCAUUGUAACGUGAAAAACUUUUUCAGCAAAUUUGGUUCAUUUUAGGAAGAACUUCCUGCUGCAUACGUUUGCCAUGAACUCUGAAGAUAUUCUGGCACAAAGCGAACCCACCAUGACACAGUAAAGGGAGUGUUUUAUCAAACGGUUGGACCUGUUUGAGUCCAUUGUUAGUCAACACACUACAUACUUGGCUGGCUAACUGGCUGCUAGCGUCUUUUUAAUGGCGUGCAUGUACCACCUCCCAGCUCACUACUAUUUGCGCUGGAUGAAUUAUCACCACAAUAAUCAAUUGUAUCAAUUCGUUGGUACCUCACUUGUGUAAAUGUUUGUAAAUACAAAUACUAUAUUGACUCAUAGAUGUAAUUUUCUUCCUUGUUCUGAUUCCAUAUUUCCCGAUUGUUUUUUGUUGUUGUUUUUUUUUCCCUCCACAGAUUUUUUUUUUUUUUUUUUUUUGGGACAUUUUUGUCAUUGAUGAGCUUUUUCCUGGCUUUAAGUUAAUUGUUACGCUGUGAAUAUUCCACCAAGAUGUUCUUUUCCUGUUUGCAUUGGCCAUAAUUUUUCUGUGCCAUUUUGUUUUAUUUAUUCUGUUGCCUUUUACAUGCGAGCACACAAAAAACUUGAAGUUGAAAUUUGCCUUUUUCGGUGCAUUUGAAGUUUGUUGCAGGAACAAAACAUUUGUUGUGUUUUCUGUUGCCUUUUUUGGUAUGCUGGGUCCAGAUGUGAAGUGAUGUUAAAUUUCAAGUUUGAUGUGUAUGGGAUUUAUGUGAUGACCACAAUGGUUGCCUUUCUACAGUAUGUUCUUUAUGUUGUCCAGGUUUAGACUGCAUUCAGCAAGUAUCUCUUUAACUACAUGUUCACAGCGUGGAGAUUGUAAAACUUCAUCGCGAAGUCACGAACUGUUGGACUGAGACAAAUAUGACACAUGAGCAGUAAACGCAACUUUGUAUUGUACCCUUUUGUUAUUCUCUUUGGUAAUGCUUUUAAUUUGUCCUGUGUCGUUGUAUCACGGUGUACAGACAAAGGAAUAAAAUG